CGAAGGCUUGUGGGUAAUGCCUUCAGGAUGCAUCCAGUUUCACUUGAACAAGCCAGCUGACUGUCUCGUUCAGGCGUAGCGCUGGAGAUUCACCAUUAACCCAGCGCAAUGCUUCAGUUCAGCUGAAUCUCUCGGAUAGUUUCUCAGAACCUCUGCUCAGAUGAACAUGAGUCGGAACGAGCAUUCGCUGCAGGCUCUGUCCUGGAGAAAGCUUUACCUGAGCAGAGCCAAACUCAAAGCGUCCAGUCGCACGUCUGCUCUUUUAUCCGGUUUCGCAAUGGUGGCCAUGGUGGAAGUACAGCUGGACACCAAUCACGACUAUCCACCAGGACUGCUGAUCACUUUCAGUGCUUGCACCACUGUGUUAGUGGCUGUCCACCUGUUUGCCCUCAUGGUGAGCACCUGCAUUCUCCCCAACAUCGAAGCGGUCAGCAACGUGCACAACCUCAACUCUGUGAAGGAGUCUCCUCACGAGAGAAUGCAUCGCCACAUCGAGCUGGCCUGGGCUUUUUCCACAGUAAUUGGAACAUUGCUCUUCCUGGCCGAGGUGGUCCUGCUGUGCUGGGUCAAGUUUUUACCCAUUAAGCCGAAGGACCAGAAAAACGGUACUAUAUCUGCUGGGGUGGCCGCUGCGAUCACGUCUACCUCCAUCAUGGUCCCUUUUGGCUUGGUUUUUAUCGUCUUUGCUGUGCAUUUCUACCGCUCACUGGUCAGCCACAAGACCGACAGGCAGUUUCGAGAGUUAGAAGAGUUGGAGGACUUACAGAAUGAAUUGGACAAUCGAGGGGAGUUGUCUACGUUAAAGUCUCCCAGUUCUCUUUACCCCUAGUUUUGAGUUUGGGAAAGAGCUUCUGUUAAUGUUCUAGCUUUGUCAUGUAUUGAAACACAUCGUAUUUUUGACCAUUCGUAUUGAUCUAUUUGUUUGCAUGUCGUCACCAAAACAUCCAGUUUUAUGUGUUGAGGAUUUGUCCACUGUUUCUGCUGGAUUUACUAAUAUCAGGCUGUUUUAAAUGUGAAAGCAUGCACAGCAUGUUUUAUGGAUGUUUUCUUUGUCUUUUUAGAAAUGAACAUUUUCUGAAACUGUACUCACCCU